AUGGAUAAAGAAUAAGUGAUACCCACUCUGUAGUAACAAGAGAGGGAGUUGGAGAAGAGACGUGAUGGAAAGGGUUUGGAAGAACAUUUCAAAUUGUUUAAUGAUCUUUUGAAAUUGAAAUAAGCAUCUUACACGAAGGCCAUAAUAAUGUUGAUAGUCUCCUUUAUCCAUCAUAUAAUGAGUUAAAUUCGAUAGUACCUUAAUCAGUAUAUUCAGAUACAAGAACGUGAUAGAUCUCCACUACUCAUCGGAGUCAACAAUUCUUAAUUAAAUAAUCGACUCUGGCACAUACUUUGA